AUGGAGGCCAUCACAAUGUGGUGGCAGAACGAUCUACUGAGCAUGAAUACGACUAUUUUGCGAUAUAUUCUACAACGCGCUGCAGAAAGCCCAGUGGCUACUGCAGCCGUUGUUGUUUGUUCUUCGCUUCUCCUGAUAAUAUUCCUCGACUGGCUCAACUACCAAAAACAGCGAAAACGACUUGGGGAUAUCCCCAUUGUAGGCGACGCGCCAUAUCUCUGGAAGCGGCUUCGCUGGACCGAAAACGAGUCAAACUUGAAGGGUGUUUUCCAACGCGGUUAUGAUACGUUCAGCAAAAAGCUUAAACCGUGGGCAUACUGGGGUCAACACGAUGAUUUCGUCCUUGUGCUUCCUCCGGGAGCAUGCGAUGAGGUGAAGAGCGUGGAUCUAAGUCAGAUGAGUUUCUUACAGGCCGUCGAAGAUAGCUAUCACUUUAGACUGCACACGAAUAUCCUGGGCCGCGCACACGUCGACGCCGUCCGGCAAUCAGUAAACAAAAACAUGAAUUCACUGCAUGAUUCGGUUGUCAUGCAAAGCGAUGAGUCGAUCCCGAGAGUGUUUGACUCUCUCGCCAAAAGCCAGGAACCGUUUGCAGGAUUUCUCGAAAUUUGGCAUCUGGUGCACAUGGUUGCAGCGUCGUUUCUGAUCGGGCCUCAUUUCGCGAGCAAUCCGGAGUAUAUGCGCUACAUCGAAGAUUACUGUCUCCAUGUGCCGGAUUUUGUUCACCAAUACUUUUGGGUUCCCGCUCCGCUCCGGAAGAUGUUUUGGUAUCUAUCGCCUGCUGGAUUCAGGGUUCGGAAAGUGAUUAAAAGAUUGAAGUUUUUCAUCAUUCCCGAGAUCCGGCGGGUAAUUGAGCUUUGGCGUAUGACCGGGCAAACGUCCAUCGAUUACACAUUGCUCGGAGCGAUGCUCAAUCUGAAAGAAGAGAGGGGCAUGAUCAAACGCGAUGCCACGGCUAUGAGCAUCGAAGAAGAAGAGCGACAGAUUGACAUCUUCUCUGAUGAGGUGAUUUUUACGGCCUUUGACAGCGCAGGUCCGGUUGUCUGCCUCGUCACCCAGCUGUUCUACGAGUCCAUUCGUGAUGAAAAGCUCACGGAAGCCUUGCGGGCUGAGAUUUCCACGGCACUGGCUGAGAACAACGGCAGAUGGUCUGUGCAGACUAUGAGCUCUCUUCCUCGACUUGAAAGCUUCACCCGAGAAACUCUCCGUGUUAAUGGUCCAACGCUUUUCAGUGUCACGCGUUCGGUGCUCAAACCGUUUCAGCUAAAGUCUGGCCUUGCUCUACGACCUGGAAACAUCAUCACCUCGCCAUCCUGGUUGAUCCACAACGACGAAGACAACUAUCCGAAGGCACACGAGUUUAAUCCAUAUCGGUUUUACGAUGAGACGACCAACACCGCCACUAUAAAGGCCACGACCGCAAGCAAUACGUUUCUCGCCUACGGAUACGGGGCGCAAAUGUGUCCUGGCCGCUAUCUUGGCAUUCGAAUGAGUCAGAUCAUCUUUGCCAAGCUGCUGAUGCGAUACGAUGCCCUGUUUGAAGGCGACAAAAGGGCGAAGCCGGAUAACGUUGUGAUGCCCGGCCAGGUGCUCCCAUCGUACUAUGCAAAAAUUGUGCUCAAGUUGAGGGAUGGGGUAAGGACGGAGGCUGACGAGUACGAGUACUAA